GAUGUCAGAGCGCAAGGACUGUCAUGAUUGGAUCUAAUUAGAAUCUGCGGCAGCAAAUAGACACUCGUCCUGCAUGAUUGGAUUCAAAGUGGCUGGUGCGAAAAAGCGCAGAGAGGCGCAGGAGCUCCAGACGCGCUCUCCAGACGCGGCAGGAGGACGCGGGGGUCCGCUGAGCUGCAAAUACGGUCAGACAGGCGAGCAGCACUUUGCUUGUUAUCGAGAGCUUAUUAGAAGAGUGGGAGGCGGAAUAAGACGCAGCUGAUAUUCCCGGAGCGGUUCGCGUGCGCAACUGCAGCACAGCAACUUCAGAAACACCAAGCAGAACAAGUUCUCCAAAAUCUGAGCACAAUGGCAUCGGUCCCCAGCAGCCAAGUCAAAUGCAAGUUCAAGAGGAGGAGGAGGAGAAGGUCCAAGCGAAAAGAGAAAAUGAACAUGUUGUCUGCACUGAUCGCCCCCUUCAAGUACAUGACCCCAGCAGCCAAUUGCACAGAAGACGAGGACACAUUGAGCACCAGCAGUGCUGAGGUCAAGGAGAACCGUAACACGGGAAAUUUGGAAGAUUGUGCCAUUGUUCCGUCAGACUGCCAAACACUCUUCCUGUCUGAUUCACCCAGGGACGGGGCGUCUGGCCUCAAGCGAAAGCGGCCUUUAGAGGAGGACAAUAAUGGACACUUGUGCAAAUUGCGUCUGUACUGCAAAAAACUGGCAUGGUCCGAUGCACCAAAGAAUGCUCUGGUCCAGUUGAACGAGCUGAGACCGGGUCUACAUUACCGGAUGGUCUCUCAGACAGGACCGGUGCAUGCACCUCUCUUUUCCAUCGCCGUGGAAGUCAACGGACUCACUUUCGAGGGCACUGGCCCUACAAAGAAAAAAGCUAAGAUGAAGGCAGCCGAGAUGGCCCUGAAGUCAUUCAUCCAGUUUCCCAAUGCCUCACAAGCUCACUUGGCCAUGGGAGGACUGAGCAACCCCACAGCCGACUUCACAUCAGACCAGGCCGACUUCCCAGACACGCUGUUCAAAGGCUUCGAGCCUGAUGGCUGCCGCUCUGCCGAGAGCGAGUUGCUGUCUAGCGCUCUCCGUUUGCGCCACACGUUGGACUUGAUGGUUGUGCAGGCUAGGCAAGGAGAUCCCUGCCUUCCCCUGCCUCCGGUACCCACCACCCAGCCAAGCCCGGUCGUCCUGCUCAACGACCUGCGGCCCGGCCUGCGAUAUGCCUGCCUGUUGGAGCGUGUCCAAGGCAAACGGGCACACCGCAGCUUCGUCAUGGCUGUUCGAGUGGAUGGCAGGAUAUUCGAGGGCUCGGGUCGCAGUAAGAAGCAGGCAAAGAGGCAGGCGGCUCUGUGUGCCCUGCAGGCGCUCUUCAACUUCAGGCUGGCACCUGAGGCGAGAGCGGGACACCGGCCCAGUAGGAUCAAAUGCCCUCAUUUGCCCCAGGAGUUUGCAGAUGCUAUAUUCCACCUGGUGCGAGAAAAAUACACAGAGCUGGCCGGCUGCUCCUCACUGCUGCACGCACGUCACAAAGGCCUAGCGGGCAUCGUCAUGACCAGAGGUCUGGAUCUGAGACAGGCCCAAGUGGUGGCGCUAUCGACCGGCACUAAAUGCAUUAAUGGAGAAUAUAUCAGUGACCAGGGUCUGGCGGUCAACGAUUGUCACUCUGAAAUCACAACCAGACGAGCCCUGCUGCGCUUCCUGUACUCUCAACUAGAGUUACACCUCAGCAAAAGGAAAGAGGACUGGGAGCAAUCGAUCUUCGUACGGCACAAAGAUUCCUGUUUGAGACUCCGAGAGAACGUCCUCUUCCACAUGUACAUCAGUACGUCGCCCUGCGGGGACGCCCGUGUCAACUCGCCCUAUGAAAUCACCUCCGAUUUGCACAGCAACAGACACUUGGUGAAGAAGUUUCACAGCCACCUUCGGACAAAGAUUGAAUCGGGGGAGGGUACGCUGCCCGUGAAGACCACAGGUCCCGUUCAGACGUGGGACGGAGUCCUUCAAGGAGAACGUCUCAUCACCAUGUCAUGCACAGACAAGAUUUCCAGGUGGAAUGUGCUCGGCCUGCAGGGGGCGCUACUCAGUCAUUUUGUGGAGCCGGUGUAUCUGUACAGCCUGACGGUGGGCAGCCUGAGACACACAGGUCACUUCUCCAGGAUGAUGAACCACAGACUGGAGAGAGUCGGAACUCUGCCCACCUGCUACUACCGUAACCAGCCUUUACUUAGCGGUAUUUCCUUUAAACCUUUCCUUUAUUCAUUUCCUAAAUGUUUGAUAGAUUCCGAUCUGUAGUAUAUUUAACAGCAGUGCUUUGUUUGGUCAGUUGACAUUACAAAAUGUGAAGGUCCCUGCCAACCUGUAGAUCCCUGUACAGCAGGG